CUUCUCUUUCUUCAUCACACUUAGCACGAUGGUUGCAGUAUUACUGGUUCUUACAAACCAUGAAGACAUGGGAAACACUGGGAAAAAGACUGGCUGGUAUCUUCCAGAAUUAGCUCACCCUUACCAUGUAUUCAAGGAGGCAGGGUACAGUAUGACAAUGGUUAGCCCAAAGGGAGGAAAGGCACCCUUGGACAAGAGCAGUCUUGAUGCAUUUGCAGAGGACCCAGUCUGCAAAGAAUUCCUCAAGAGUGACGGAAUGAAAGCCACUGAAACCACUUCUACCAUUGCCUCUGUUGAUCCAGCCAAGUUUGAUGUUAUCUUUUAUGUUGGUGGUCAUGGACCAAUGUUUGAUCUAGCAGACUGUGAAGUCAGCAACAAAGCUGUGGCAACAGUUUAUGAGAAAGGAGGGAUUGUUGCUGCAGUUUGCCACGGUCCUGCUGGUAUUGUAAACACAAAGUUAUCAAAUGGUGAAUACCUUGUGAAAGGCAAGAAAGUGACAUGUUUCACUGACCAUGAAGAAGGCGUGAUGAAGCUGGUGGAAGCCAUGCCAUUUCUCUUGGAAACCAAGCUCAAAGAACAUGGUGCAGAAUUUGAAAAUGCAGAGGCAUGGCAACCUUGUGUCUCUGUCAGUGCCUGUGGGAGAGUGGCAACCGGGCAAAAUCCUGCCUCUGCAACACCCUUGGCAGAAAAAAUUGUGGAACUUUUAAAGAAGUAGAACACUUUUAACCGUUUUGGAAACCUUAUAGCAGGCUUUACUGUGUGGUUUCUUGCUAGUAGUGUAGAAUCAAUUUAUGAAUUAAUUUAAGAGGCAUGGGAAUUUCAGCUCUUGUGGACAGGUUAAUUUGUAACUUUUGGCUUCACUUCUUACUGGAAAGCAUUAAGAGGUCCUGCUGUCACUGUUAGUAUUUUGAACUUGUAUAUGUUAAAAGUACUUCCAAGAAAUAAAGGGUUCCAAACAAA